UAUGACUCCCAUGUUAAACCAAAUCGAUAAUACGUUGGAAACUGUUAAUAUCGCACGAAUGUUUGCACUCGGCAAACAUUCUCUUUGAUUUUUUCAUUUUUAAUAAAAUUCUAUCCUUAAUCGGACGUGUUUACAAUGCAGAGUGUCAUUAAUUCCGUAAAAGGCACUGCGCUUGGUGUCGCCGAGUACUUAACCCCUGUACUAAAGGAAAGUAAAUUUCGAGAAACCGGAGUAUUAACACCAGAGGAGUUUGUGGCAGCAGGUGAUCAUUUAGUACAUCAUUGUCCAACAUGGCAGUGGGCUACUGGUGAUGAGGACAGAGUGAAAUCGUAUCUUCCCAAGAAUAAGCAAUUUUUAUUGACCCGUAAUGUUCCUUGUACACGCAGAUGCAAACAGAUUGAAUACAGUAAAGAACAAGAAUGCAUUAUAGAAGCAGACGAUCCAGAGGGUGGUUGGGUAGAUACACAUCAUUAUGAUACUAAUCUUGGUGGAGUUGAAGAAAGAGUAUCGGAAAUGACAUUGGAAGAAACACAACCUCCUCAGUCAAUUGAUGCAGAGGAAAAUAAUGAAGAUGAUGAUGACGAUGAAGAUGCUGCGGAUAUGGAAGCUUUUGAAGUCAGUGGAAUGUUGGAUGAACAAGAUAAGUUUGCAGCAGAAAGUACAAAGAAACCUAUGAAAGAAAAAUGGGAGCCGUUUUCUGAAGGAGAAAUCAUUCAUACGCGUACAUAUGACUUAUACAUCACAUACGACAAAUACUAUCAAACACCGCGAUUGUGGCUUUCAGGAUAUGACGAGAAUCGGAAGCCUCUUACAGUGGAAGAAAUGUAUGAAGAUGUAAGCCAAGACCAUGCCAAGAAGACUGUUACAAUGGAGAUUCAUCCUCACAUACCUGGACCACCAAUGGCUUCGGUGCAUCCUUGCAGACAUGCCGAAGUGAUGAAGAAAAUUAUUGAAACGGUAAUGGAAGGUGGUCGUGAGCUUGGUGUACACAUGUACUUGAUAAUAUUCCUCAAAUUCGUGCAAUCUGUAAUUCCGACAAUUGAAUAUGAUUACACACAAAAUUUUAUGCUAACUGCGUCCGGUUAAGACCUUUAUAAAUUUUCAUUGUACCUUGAAA